GUUUGGUUUUUUUCGCGGACACUUGGCCAAACCGUUCAGUCGUUCGUUGGACAUACGCCAAUGUGGUGGCGAUUAUGGUAUUUUCAACUGCUAACGGUACUUUAUAAAAAGGAAAGUGAAGCUUGAACGCUUAUCGGAGUGUUUGUAAAUUGCACGCGCCUGCGCAAACGAAAGAAGAACAGAAAAUGCGGACAAACACACAAGAUUUUUUGUUUUGAAAACGAGGUUUCAUCUUGAUUCUUGAUGAACGGAGAGAAUACUUCAAAUUCGAGCUGGAAAGAAAGCAAAGCGAGAGUUGAAAAUUACAAUUAAAAGAAAGUUUGUUAUAUACAAAGGCGGGUGGAAAUAAUAAAAUAUAAACAAUAACAACUAGGAGGUUAAUUUUGGUGCAGUAAUUACUUUAUAUACCUUAACAUUUUUGUGGCUUAACUCAUUUUGCACUAAUUGGCUGAAAUCACAAUAGAGAAACACUUAAUUACAUGUGACAAAUUGAGCGUGAGGUAUUCCAGAACUUCAUGGUGUGCAUAGUGUUGAUGACAAAUUGUUGCCAGCUCCAAAGAGCAUAAUUAACAGUUACUUGUUGUGUCGCGGACAUAACUAUGCAGCAUUGUAUUUAAUUUAAAAGUGAAUGCAAUUCGAAGAAAUAAAAUAUUGUUAAUUAUUGUUAUUGCCAUAUUUGGAUUAAAGAAACAAAUUUGUGGUGGCCCUCUGAACUACCAGCAACGAAGUGAGCGACCCGUUAUUCCAGUUGUCAUAUCGAGGGUGGUUAAAAUGAUUUUGAGACUAUUGAUUUUUACAGCGGCCAUAUCAGCGCCAUAUCACAACACAUUCGCACAGUUUCACCCUUUUGGUGAACAUCUCAACACACAUGCCGGCAGCGAAUGCGCAUUGGUACUCUCUGGACCUGGACGCUCGUCUGUCUACGACUACAAUGUGAAUCUCUUCCGUGGCACAAUAAAUCCCUACACAGCGGACAGUACAUGCAUUACUUAUGAUGCAGUGAACACCGCCUAUUUGGAUGCUCGGAAACGAAUUCAUGUCUCGCAGCCGAAAGGGGAUUGGAAAACGGAGGAAUUGGCAACAGUCGGUGAGCUGCUGCUGGAUAUUUCCAUACAGUUAGCGAGGACAUACGGUCUGUCCUAUGAGGAAAUUGAAAAGGGUCUGCCCACUAUUGACACAUCGAAAACCCUAAUACGUGAUGUGUGCCCACCUUUCUUUGCGGGAGUUGAGUGUCGACCGGGCAAAUAUCGUCGCUUCGAUGGUCUCUGCAAUAACAUCGAUCAUCCCACAUGGGGUGCCACCAUGUCGCCUUUCCAGCGUCUAAUUGGUCCAUUAUAUGCGGAUGGCAUAAACGCACCGCGCAUCUCAGUUACUGGACACGAAUUGCCAAUUUCUCGUAUUGUUUCGCGUACAAUGCAUCCAGAUGAUGGCUAUCACGAUCACGCUGGUACUGUCAUGGUGAUCGCUUGGGGGCAAUUUAUGGAUCAUGAUUUCACACUUACGGGCACACCGUUGGAUCCUAUCAACCGGAAUGAUCCGGAAGAGUGCUGCAAACGCCCCUUACACCUUAAGCAUCCCUAUUGCAACGAAAUUCGGGUUCCAGACGAUGACUACUUCUAUCGGCUCUUUAAUGUCAAAUGCCUCGAUUUUGUGCGGGCAUUCCCAUCCCCACGACCAGGUUGUCGAUUGGGCUCCCGCCAACAGUUCAAUACUCUCACUGGUGUCAUUGAUGCCAACACUGUAUACGGCGUAACGGAGAAAUUCGCUCGUAAACUACGUACCGGCUAUGGUGGUUUGAUGCGCAUGAAUCCCGUCUUCCAAGAAUAUGGGCUUAAAGAUCUGUUGCCAUUGAAGCUCGAUAUACCGGAUGAGGGAUGCACACGCCCGAACAAAAGCAUGUUUUGCUUUGAAGGAGGCGAGAUUCGGGUCAACGAGCAGCUGGUGCUAACAUGCAUGCACACACUUAUGGCGCGCGAACAUAAUCGCAUAGCGACUGCAUUGGGUCAAAUAAAUAAACAUUGGGAUGAUGAAACGAUUUUCCAAGAAGCACGUCGCAUCAAUAUUGCUAUUGUACAACAUAUUACCUAUAACGAGUUCUUGCCGAUAUUGUUGGGCAAGGAGGUGAUGGAGAAAUUCGGUUUGGUGCUGCAGAAAGAUGGUUACUGGGAUGGCUAUGAUUCCAAAGUCAACCCUGGUAUAAUUGAUGCUUUUGCUGGUGCUGCUUUCCGGUUUGGGCAUUCGUUGUUACCCACGGCCGUGGAACGUUGGUCUAAAGCACAUAAAUUUAUUGCCUCAAAACGUUUAUCGGACUUAAUUCGACGGCCAUAUGAUUUGUAUCGCGCUGGUGUGCUGGAUGAAUAUUUCAUGGGUUUGAUGAAUCAAGUGGCGCAGGCGAUGGAUGACUCAAUUACCCAGGAGGUAACGAAUCAUCUGUUCAAGAAGGAGGGUGCACGAUUCGGUUUGGAUUUGGUGGCGUUUAACAUGCAGCGUGGACGUGAGUUCGGUUUGCCUGGUUAUAUGGAGUUUAGAAAGUUCUGCGGCUUACCUACCUCGACUUCGUGGGAAGAAAUGUUCGGUUCAAUGCCAAAUGAUACAAUUGUUCGUUACGAAAGUAUUUUUGAGCAUCCAGCUGAUAUUGACCUCUGGUCGGGCGGUGUUUCUGAGAAGCCUUUACCUGGUUCUAUGCUGGGACCCACCUUUGCAUGCGUUAUUGCUACUCAAAUGAGUUACUCUCGCCGUGGUGACCGUUUCUGGUAUGAGCUCCCAAACCAACCAUCAUCUUUCACUCCCGAACAGUUGCAGGAAUUGCGAAAGGCAAAACUGUCACGUCUCAUAUGUGAUAACACUGAUCUUAUCGACACAGUACAGAUCUAUCCUAUGGUGUUGCCAGAUCACGAAAUUAAUCCAAGGGUGCCUUGCAAGAGCGGCAUUAUUCCAUCAAUUGACCUGACAAAGUGGGCCGACUAUUCUAGUCCCGAAGUAGGACACCAGCCAGUUUAUAACUUUAUUAACGAAAUACCGGACACAUUGCUGCAUUUCAAGAAGAAAUAGGAAGCAGCGCGAAACUCAAUUGCAGAAUCACGAACGAGAUGAGGCAAACGUUUUCUUAAUUUGCUGGUUUUUAUUUUGAAAUUUAUCGCUGAUUACUAAAAUAAGGGCAUUAUGAUAACUAAAGGAAUUUCUCAAACAAAAAUUUUAGAGAUUUGGAACCAAUAGCCCUCUUGCAUUUUCCUACAUCUCAACACUGCUAUAUUCAAAAGCAAAUAUUCACUAUUUAUGUGCAUACUUACAUACAUACAUACAUACAUACAUACCUCUCUAAGUCACUUUGUUGCCUUCCACUAGAAAAUAAGUG